AUGAGCGUACCACUCACGAAGCUGGCGAGGCGUGAGAGACACGCGAGAGGGUCGCGGGAGCUGCAUCUGGCCGCCACCACGAGUAGAAGCAGCAGGAGUGGUAGUAGGAGUAGCGCCGCCACCCCUACAGCCCCAACCAGCGUACCACUCACGCAGCUGCUGGGGCGUGAGGGACUCACGCAGGCGUCGCUGGGGCUGCAUCUGGCUCCGCAAGCUCGGCGACUCAACGGCUCGGCAGCUCGGCGGCUCGGGCGACUCGGGCGGCUCGGCGGCAAGGCGGCUCGACAGCAACUGCAGCUCAGCAGCUCGGUGACUCGGCGGCUCGGCGGCAGGGCGGCUCGGCAGCAACUGCAGCUCAGCAGCUCAGCGACCCGGCGGCUCGGCGGCAGGGCGGCUCGGCUGCUGGGCGGCUCGGGUGCAGGGCGGCUCGGCGGUGGGGCGGCUCGGCUACUGCAGGUGAGCGGCUCGGCUGCUGCAGUGGGAGAUGAAGGAGGAGGAGAAGCAGGGGAGGCCACACACCUGCCCCCCUCAGGUCGCCUCGACAGGCGACGGGAAAAGGGGGGGGGGGGGUGGUGGGGGCCGGUAGGUGCAGCGGCGGGGCCAGCAGGUGCAGUUGUGGGGCCGGUAGAAGGGGACGGCAGGAGCCGUCAGGAGGGGACGGCGGGGCCGUCAGGAAGGGACGGCGGGGCCGUCACGAAGGGACGGCGGGGCCGUCAGGAGGCGACCGGGCCGCGAAGGGGCGGUUGGGCCGGGAUGGGGCGGGGCCGCGACGGAGGCAGGCGGCGGGGCCGCGUAAGGGCCUGGGCGGGGCCGCGACAGAGCCGUCAGCGGGGCCGCGUGAAAGCCGGGGCGGGGCCGCGUAGAAGCCGGGGCGGGGCCGCGCGAGAGCAGGCGGCGGGGCCGCGAAGGAGCCGGGGCGGGACCGCGUGA